AUGGGUGCCCUUAAGUACGUCGAGGAGCUUCAGAAGAAGAAGCAGAGCGAUGUUAUGCUCUUCCUUCUCCGCGUUCGCUGCUGGGAGCUCCGUCAACUGAACGUUAUUCACCGCGCCUCGCGCCCCUCGCGCCCCGACAAGGCCCGCCGCCUCGGAUACAAGGCCAAGCAGGGCUAUGUCAUCUACCGCGUCCGCGUCCGCCGUGGUGGUCGCAAGAAGCCCGCCAAGAAGGGUGCCACCUUCGGCAAGCCCACCAACCAGGGUAUCAACCAGCUGAAGUACCAGCGCUCGCUCAAGUCGACCGCUGAGUCCGUGUCGGCCGGCCGCUGCGCCAACUUGCGCGUCCUCAACUCCUACUGGAUUAACCAGGACUCGACCUACAAGUACUACGAGGUCAUCCUCGUUGACCCCCAGCACAAGGCCAUCCGUAUCGACCCCCGCAUCAACUGGAUCGUCGCCCCCGUCCACAAGCACCGCGAGGAGCGUGGCCUCACCGCCACCGGCAAGAAGUCCCGUGGUCUCAACAAGGGCCACCGCUACAACAAGACCAAGGCUGGCCGCAGAAAGACUUGGCUCCGCCACAACACCCUCUCCCUGUGGCGCUACCGGUAAGCUCGCAGCCGCGGCUGCUAGCGAAAAGGUUGUUUCCGGUGAUGGAAAAGGCUGUGUGCCGGUUCAUGAGGAUGGCCAUGGUGUUUACCGCGCCUGGAUGAUGGUACUACGACAUUGGCUCCUGCUUCUGGCCCUUGAUAUCAUGCGAUGGAGUGGCCCGGCUAGGCCAGGAAUUCAGAUACUCGGAAAAUGAGAUCCCAUUCUGAGGCGU